AUGGUUGAGGACAAUAUUGCCAACUGCCGCGAGAUCUUUGCGUAUUUCGAUACGAAAGGCGAUGAGAAGAUCGCGGUUAGCCAGGUCGGAGAUGUGCUCAGAGCUCUGGGACAGAACCCAACACAGAACGAGAUUUCAAAGUGUUGUGAACAUUGGGCGAAUGCAGGUAAAUAUUGUUUUUGUCUUGAUUUUAGGUAAUAAACGACGUAAAAGGUAACAAAGUCAUGACUCAUCAUUUUUUGAACAAUAUUAUUAGCUUUUUGAAAUAAAGUAAUAUUGAAAAACGCUUAAUUCAUUAAAACUAUGUUUUAGACACGAGAAUAACUUUUGAAGACUUCGUCCCCAUCUUCCAGACGGUCGGAAAGAACAGGUCGAACAUUCCUUUUGAAGAAUUCGUAGAAGGAUUGUCUCAUUUUGACAUGGAAGGUACUGGUACCAUCAAAGUAGCCGAGUUGAGACACUUGUUGACCACCUUGGGUGAGAGAUUGUCUGAUGAAGAAGUCGACCAGUUGAUCGCUGGUCAAGGCGAUCCCAAUGGCCAUAUCAACAUUGCCGACUUUGUGCGCACCGUCCUUCAAGCUUGA